AUGGGCGUCCGAGACUCCGGGGGAGGCGACGGGGACGCCCGACCCCGUCGAGAAAGGGUUCGCCACGAUCAACACCAUCACUAUCACAUUUUGCCGGUCGCAUAUACUGACCAGCAUGGUAGCCUCGGUGUGAAGGCGAUGGUGCAGAAGGAUGGCCAGCUUCGCAAAGCAGAGAUUCUGUCGAUUAGAGAACGGAAAGGAGCACCUUCAUUUUACGUACACUAUGUUGACUUUAACAAGCGUCUUGAUGAAUGGAUUGCUGCUUCAAGAAUUGACCUUACCCAAGAGGUGGAAUGGCCGCAGCCAGAAAAAUCAGACAAAAAAAAGAGCAGUGCUACUAAUAAAGCGCCUAGCAAGAAUGUCCAAAAGCAGCGUGCGCGCGCCGAUAGCCGUGAGGUAUCAGGAACCCCCGAUGCCUUGGCUAGUGGUAAAAACAUGAAUGUUGGCAAGACUCCGCGCCCCUCUAAGGCCGGAGGCAAAGAGAACCGCGACACCCCUGGCGGCGAUGUCUCGAUGGUCGGUUCUGAAGCCGUGUCCACUGUCGGAACGCCGAAAGCCACAGACUCAGAAGACCUUGAAAUGACAGAUGCUCCACUUAAGGACGAAGAGGUGAAAACUGCUUCAGGCGAGGUCAUUACUCGAGAAGAAGAAAUUGAACGACUCCGGACCGGUGGAAGCAUGACCCAAAAUCCGACUGAAGUUCAUCGUGUGCGAAACUUGACCAAACUCCAGAUGGGGAAGUUCUAUGUUGAGCCAUGGUAUUUCUCACCUUACCCAGAUGCUUUUUCAGACGUCGAUCUGGUCUAUAUCGACGAGUUUUGUCUCAGUUACUUCGAUAAUUAUCGCUCCUUUGAGCGCCACCGCGCCAAAUGCACAUUGGUUCACCCUCCCGGCAACGAAAUUUACCGCGAUGAAAACAUUUCUUUCUUCGAGGUCGAUGGCCGCCGGCAGCGUACCUGGUGUCGUAACUUGUGUCUCCUCAGCAAGCUCUUCCUUGACCAUAAGACCCUCUACUACGAUGUCGAUCCCUUCCUCUUCUACUGCAUGUGCACUCGUGAUGAAACGGGCUGCCAUAUGGUCGGUUAUUUUUCCAAGGAAAAGGAUUCUGCAGAAGGGUAUAACUUGGCUUGUAUCAUGACGCUGCCGCAGUAUCAGCGUGCGGGAUACGGUCGUCUACUGAUCGCAUUCAGCUACGAGCUUAGCAAGCGCGAGGGCAAGCUUGGCUCCCCCGAGAAGCCGCUGAGUGAUUUAGGUCUUCUCAGCUACCGUCGCUAUUGGCGUGAGAUUCUUGUUGAGCUGUUGAUUGAGCCGGGUCGCGAGGCUAUGAGCGAGAAUGAGCUGGCUGUUCUCACCUCCAUGACAGAGAAGGAUGUCCACGAAACACUGCUCGUCAACAAUAUGCUCAGAUACCAUAAAGGAAAUUGGGUCAUUGUCCUUACCGACCAGGUAGUCGCUGAGCAUCAGAAGCGCCUUGAGAAAGAAAAGGUCAAAGGUGAGAAGAGGAUCGAUCCUGUCCGUCUGCAGUGGAAACCUCCCGUUUUCACUGCCUCCAGCCGGACCUGGAAUUGGUAG